CCCGCGGUCAAGUGUAUGUGCACUGGAUUAAAGGAUCGGCUCAUACGGAGUGAAGAUGGCGAUGAGAACAGCGCUGCGGUGCCUCUCCGCAAACUUUUCGCCCAGACUGCCUCAACUGUCGUCCGCAGCGCGGGUUUCAGCGACCCGGCUGCUGUGGAGGAGCGGCUCUCCGCGAACACUGAGCACGACCGCGGUCCUACCCACAGCCCUGAAGUUCACAGAAAAGCAUGAGUGGGUGCGAGUGGAGGGUGGAAUUGGCACAGUUGGAAUCAGCAAUUAUGCUCAGGAAGCAUUAGGUGAUGUGGUAUACUGUGGACUCCCUGAAGUUGGCCAAAGACUUGAACAAAUGGAGGAGUUUGGUGCUUUGGAAAGUGUAAAGGCUGCCAGUGAGCUAUACUCACCACUGACAGGAGAAGUAACUGAAAUCAACACAGAGCUGGCGGAGAAUCCUGGAUUUGUGAAUAAGGCCUGCUAUGCAGAGGGGUGGCUAAUCAAGAUGACAAUCGAAAAGCCUGAAGAACUGGAUAGCCUCAUGGAUCAAGCUGCAUAUGAUAAAUUUAUUAAGUCACUUGAAGAAUAAAUCAGUGAACUGAC